AUGAACCAGCAGCGAAACAAUAUCAUUGCAGAUCAUCUAUCUAAAGACGCCAUCGAUUGGAAAUUCAUACCACCUUCUGCACCCCACUUUGGAGGGCUGUGGGAGGAAGGUGUGAAAUCCGUGAAGAAGCACAUCAAACGUGUCAUUGGUGAACAUAUACUUACAUAUGAAGAGAUGUAUACUCUUCUCUCCAAAAUCGAAUGUUUACUCAAAUCGCGCCCAAUGUGGCAAACCUCCGAUUUUGAACCAAUUGCACUUACUCCGUCACAUUUCAUGAUCGGAGAACCAUAUUGUGCAAUUCCUCAACCUGAUUUAAAUUUUUCAAAUUUUUCGAUAAGUUCUAAUUGGCAUCUUUUACAGACUCUCAUGCAAGGUUUCUGGAAACAGUGGCAUAAGGAAUAUUUGACAUCAUUACAAAACAGACCCAAAUGGCAAAAAGUUCAACGAGAUCUACAGAAAAACGACAUGGUGUUGCUCAAGGAACCGAAUUUGCCACCUUCGAAAUGGAUACUUGGACGAGUCAUAGAAGUUCACCCUGGUGCAGAUGAAAAGAUUCGUGUGGUUACCGUUCGUACCAUGAAUGGUGAUUAUGUUCGACCCAUCGUUAAGCUAACGCCUUUGCCGUUUUCUGAAAGACCGGAGUCUUCCAGGGGGGGGGCUGAAUGUUUUGUAAUGAAAAACAUAAGUCUACACUAUGCCCAACAAUGUCCAAUUUCACCCUAA